GCAGCAUAACCUCGAGGUAAUCGAUCGUGCGUUCCAGCUGUGGCUUGUGAUUUAAGUUAAGACAAUAUAACGUGCCAAAUUCCCACGCGCCUGCACAAUGUCGACCUACAAGCCGAUUGAUGUUUCGAAGGAGGACUUCCGGAAAUAUCUCAGUCAGAAGGGUGUUCUGGAUGCCAUGACAAAAGUACUGACGAAAUGCAACAGCGACCGUCCGGAAAAUGCACUCGAGUACCUGGCGGACAAUUUGGGAGAGCGAGUCCAGCAGCAGGAAACGAUCGCGCGAUUAACAGCGGCACUGAGCGACGCACGAAAAGAGAUCGAGCUGCUGAAAGACGAAAUGCGUGCACUAAAGGGUGGUAGUGGGCAGGAUGCAGAAACUACUGCGCCCGCUGAAGUGACGGAAAACGUAAACAAACUUUCCGAAGAGGCACCAAGUCCGGCCGUGCCCACAGGUGACCAGAAAUCGACUGUGCCCUCGGUCGCUGGUACGACUGAAGGCGCAUCAAAGGAAGAAACCGUUCCGUCCCCGAAAGCCUCUGAUACGGUUGGUGGUAGUAAGCAACAGAAAGACGCCGCCCCAGAGAACGACCAACAAGACCCACCAGUAAUUACAUCUUCCGACAAAGUAGAUGAAAAAGAAUAAGGCUGCCAUACCAAUGCCGCAACACCCGUGAUCUUGGAUUGCUAUGUAGGUUAACUUAUUUUGAUUAUCAUCGUUCGAAUUAGGAAUUCGAAUGGCAAAUGGCUUUUCUUCAGCCGGUCGGAGGAAGAGAAAACGCGUAGCAUACCGGUACAGUAGAGAUACCGAGACAUCCGCGCCGCAGCAGACCGCUUUUUCUGGCUGCUCUGAACGAUCACGUUCGUCGUAUUUGGACCGUUUAUAUUUUUUACUCCCAUUAUCACCAUUACGGCUACAAGCAAAACCAAUCACUGAUCUAAGUACAACGUGUUCCCAAAGCUGAGCGUAUUUAUUGCCGCAUUUAAUAUCAUCACUUAUUGUCAACAUCAAGCAAAGAUGUUUCGAUGCUGCGUGCAGCAAAUAUACAAACACAUUCCCAUUAUGUUGUGUGUAUCGUAAAAUAAAAAGGGCAACAAUAUAGAGUGAGAAAUGCAUUCGUUUUUUUUAUUUUCUGCCCUGCGUCCCACGAGGAUUGUUUUAUUACCGACUAGCCAUUACGACUUGUCCUCGCCCGAUGCCUUCUGUGCCUGCCGCUUUUUUACGUCGUAAUUGUGCACCCGUGCCAUGUUAACCUCGAUGGUCGUUAUUUGGUCGCGCAAGAAGUCCUGAUCGUGCUCGAAGCACAGCAGAUUGGUUUCGGCCGCAUGCUUGUUCUGGCGGAGCAACUCCUCGGCUUCAUCGAGCGGGUAUUCGAGCAUUACGUUGGCGCCCAGCCACAGGCACACCGUUUGGGUCGGCGGCAUGUUGGUUUUCACGAACACCUGCUCGCUGAGCAGAAACUGUGUUUCCUGGUCUUCCUUCUGUGCUCGCAGGAUCUGGAUCAUGUCGAGGCUUUUGGUCAGGUCCGGGAUCUGCUGCCGCAGCCGACGUUUGCGCGAGAUCAUGUUGUAUUCCAUGAACCGGUAUUUGCUGUGCUGUUCGUCAAAGUUUUUGAGCACCUUCUCGACGCUGUCCCCGUUGGCCGAGUCUUCCAUG